ACCAUACUUCAACGAAAUACAAAAGUAUAAGUAAUAAUUUUAAUUUCUAUUAUUUAAAUUAAAGAUUACCUAAGUUUUUGGUGGCCAAACUUUUCAAAUAAUAAAUGCAUAAGCUUUUAGCCACCCUUUCUUGAUUGGAUCCAUUACAAAAUAAUUUUAUAAAAAUACCAAAAAAAAAAAAAAAAUCUGUAAAAUUGCUCUGCACAAGAAAAUCAUGGCGUCUUCGAAAUUUAAGGCCUUUUGGAAUCAUCCAGCCGGUCUCAAAACAAUUCACUUUUGGGCACCAACGUUCAAAUGGGGUCUUAGCAUCGCAAAUGUUGCAGAUUUUACCAAGCCACCCGAGACGAUUUCGUACCCUCAGCAAAUCGUCGUAGCAGCCUCUGGACUUAUUUGGACGCGAUAUGGCAUGGUUAUAACACCGAGAAACUGGAAUUUGUGUAGUGUAAAUUUUGCAAUGUCAAUGACAGGGUUUUGUCAACUAACUAGGAAGAUUGGGUAUGACAUCUCUAAUGAGAGAAAAACAAGUAUUGUAAAGGAAUGAUUGAUACAAAGUUACUAAUCCUUGGUGUAAAGAUCAAAUUCUCUAGUAUACUUCAUUUGAUUCCUGCUCUUGACACUUCGAUCAAAUUCGAAAACUUAACUCAAAAUUUCUAGUUGAUGAUUGUUAUGUUACCAAAUGGAGAAGCACCAUUAGCAUAUAUAUCUAGUUGUAUUUUCGCCAGAGAAUCGGAAACUUUGGAAUUGAUAUGACAGUUUGUUAAGGAAGAUUGUGUAAAGUUGUUACAUGUGUAGUUAUUACAUUACAAUUUACAUAAUUACAUAUCUUCUUCUAAUGUAUGUAAUAGAAUUGUAGAAACUUAUGAUAUGAUAAAUAAUCUCAAUUGCAAAGUUCGUACUAGAAAUAAAUUGAGUAAUUGUUGUCUAUUAA